GUGUGUUCACGUACGCCACGCCCCUUCCCUGCUACUCUCCGUGCUGUUUCCUGGUUUCCAGAAGUCAAACUCUAGGCGCAAUGAAGACAUAGAGCUCAAACCCUCCGAGACUAUUCAUCAUCAUUAUUGUGUUAAAACUGAGACUUCUGAACACUUAUAUUCGUCAGAUGAAGGAGGAAGCAGGAAUUGACCUUCCCCAGGCAUUGCCCACUGAGUCCAGUGCCUUUAUCCAAAUUGAAGAGAUUCUAGAGGAAGGGGCAGCACAGGUGAUGUCAGAGGCUCUGUUGUCAGAAGGACGCAUGGACCAUAUCAAAAUGAUGAUGGGGCUACAUCCAACCUACCUGACCUGUUUCCUGCGAACACAGAAUGCUUUGCUUCAGGUGGAUGGCCCUCUACCUCUGCCAUGGAGACAUUUUAUAAUCAUACUGGCGUCUGCACGUCACCAGUGCUCGUACCUGGUGCAGCACCACAGCUCUGCUUUUCUGCUAGCUGGCGGAGAUAAGUCCUGGCUUGGAGGACUUCACUGUGCACCACCCAAAAUACAGCACCUGCAGACACUCAACAAACUGCUUGCACACAGACCCUGGAUCAUCACCCAGGAACAUAUACAGGAGUUAGUUUGUCCGGGUGCAGAGGCUCGGUGGUCCCUGGCAGAACUGAUUCAGGCUAUUGUUUUGAUGAGCCAUGCCCACUCUCUAGCCUCAUUUGUUUGGGGUUGUGGUAUUCUCCCAGAGCCUGAGCAGUCCGGAGAUCAGUCACUCCAACUCUGUUCACCCACAGAGUCCUGUUCUGCCCGAAACGAGAGCAGAAAUCAGCAAGAGUGGUCUGAGGCUGUGAACGAGGUCAAGCUUUUGAUGGAGAAGAUGAUGAAAGUUCAGCAGCAAGGUGAAGAGUUUACACAAGAAGAGAUGGUUACUCGCUUUGAAAGAGAAAGGACUGAGAGUUUGCUGGAACCUGCUGAUGUUCAGCAGUGUGUCCUUCCUGAUUGUUUCUCGCGGUUUGUUGCGGAUGCAGAUUUUACUUACCAGGAUUUUAGUCCUAGAGGAGUGCAGGCCCCCCCAACCAUGAGAGCUCAGGACUAUUCAUGGGAAGAUCACGGAUUCUCUCUAAUGAACAGGUUGUAUGGAGAGAUGGCACAGCUUCUGGAUGAGAAAUUUCAGGUGGUGUGUGCGCUCACGUAUCACACCAUGGCCAUGCACUCGCAUGUGGACACCUCCACACUCCGCAAAUGCAUCUGGAACUACAUUCACUGCAUCUACGGCAUCAGGUAUGACGAUUAUAAUUAUGGGGACGUCAACCAGCUGUUGGAACGCAGUUUAAAAGUGUACGUUAAGACGGUAGCUUGUCACCCGGAGAAAACCACAACAAGAAUGUACUUCUCUUUUUGGAGGCAGUUCCGUCACUCGGAAAAGGUCCAUGUGAACCUGUUACUGAUGGAGGCGCGACUGCAGGCAGCUUUACUUUAUGCUCUCAGAGCAAUUACACGCUACAUGACCUAAUAUGCGCACAAGAGCUUUAAAACAGGAUGACCCACAUACACUAUUAUGCUCUGAUUGUAGCAUGUGAUGAGACACAAAUUGCACACAAUCACUCUUAAAAUGUACAAAGUCUCAAGAGCAAUUAGUUUAAUUUUCUCUUUUCUUUGCAAUAUUUUUGGCUUAUGUGGGCUGUUUGAUCAGCUGCUACUGGAUCAUGAUUGGAUUUGGGAGACAGCGAAUUUUGCACAUGUCCCAUAAGUAAAUUUGCUCAUUGUGUUCUUUCUCCUUUCAUACUGUGAAUGUCUUUGCCCUGCUGCAGUAUUCUGUU